AUCAUCCAUCAUUCGUUCAUCGCAUCUCGCUCUCUCUCCAAAAGAUUUCAUCCCCGUGAAGUCGCCGUCGGUCGAAAUCCGGCCCUGAGAUCUCUCCAAUUCGCUAAUUCAGUCUUCCCCCGAUUUCUAGAUCUGCAAUUUUAUCCGAAUUAUCCGUUUCACCAAGUCUUGACACAUAAGCCCUAAUUCAUACCCGUUCUACCUUUUCACGAUCGAUUCACCUUCUGAUUUCGAGGGUUUCUGUUAUUCAAUCACCGAUCUCUAUGUAUACUACAUGAUCAAUAGGGUUUCUAAUUUAUUAGAAAAAGGGGAUCAAAAGAUUCAUGGUUCUCGUUGCCAAGUACGAAGAAGAAGGAUCCAUCUUUAGGAAAACCGAUGUCGUUGAUGAUCAUGAUGGAAGAAGGCUGUUAUGUAUGGGCGGUGGGAAGGAUGGACGCAAGAUUCAUGUUGGUGACUGUGCGUUGUUCAAGCCACCCCAUGAUUCCCCUCCAUUUGUUGGAAUAAUUCGUAGAUUAAUAGUAGGUAAAGAGGAUAAUCUAAACCUGAGUGUGAAUUGGCUUUACCGUCCUGCUGACGUUAAGCUUGUGAAAGGUGCUUCUCUGGAAGCAGCACCAAACGAGGUCUUUUACUCCUUUCACCAGGAUGAGAUACCUGCUGCAUCGUUACUCCAUCCGUGUAAAGUCGCAUUCCUUCGUAAAGGUGUUGAACUUCCUUCAAGGAUAUCCUCAUUUGUGUGCAGACGAGUGUAUGAUAUUGAAAGCAAGCGUUUAUGGUGGCUAACUGAUCAAGACUAUAUUAAUUCUUAUUUGAUACAGGAACGACAAGAAGAAGUAGACCAGCUAUUAAAUAAGACUAGAGUAGAAAUGUAUGGCGCAUUGCAGGCAGGAGGCCAUUCCCCAAAACCCUUGAAUGGUCCAAAUGGGACAACACAGUUAAAGUCUAGUACAGAUAACAUACAGAACAGUUCUUCCAUGCCAUCGCAGGUGAAGAGUAAGAAAAGAGAGCACGGUGUUCACAGUUCAGAUUCUGUCAAGCGUGAGCGCUUGUCUAAAGCAGAUGAUGCUGAUUCAGCUCAACUUAGACCUGAAGACACAUUGAAGAUUGAGAUUGCUAAAAUUACAGAUAAAGGAGGCCUGGUAGAUUUUGAAGGGGUUGAAAAAAUAAUACGGCUCAUGCAGCCCGAGACUGCUGAGAAGAAAGUUGAUCUAGCCUGCCGAAUUAUGCUUGUUGAUGUCAUCUCACUUACUGAGAGCUUUGAUUGCCUUGGUCGGUUUGUUCAGCUUAGGGGCUUGCUAAUUCUAGACGAAUGGCUUCAAGAGGUCCACAAGGGGAAAAUUGGCGAUGGUAGUCCCAAGGGGAGUGAUAAAUCUGUUGAGGAAUUUCUCUUUGCUUUGCUUCGUGCACUGGAUAGGUUACCUGUGAAUCUCCAUGCUUUACAGACCUGUAAUGUCGGGAAGUCUGUUAAUCACUUGCGCAGCCAUAAAAAUCCAGAAAUUCUAAAGAAAGCUAGGAGUCUGGUUGACACGUGGAAGAAACGAGUAGAAGCCGAAAUGAACAUCAUUGAAACAAGGUCUGGUACAAGACGAGGAGGUUCCUGGCCAAACAAGCCUAUGAUGCCGGAAGUCUCUCCUAUGGGUAAUCGACGAAUAGGUGGAGCCUCCGAGGGUGGUGCCAAGAUUUCUACUCCACAACCUUCUGUAUUGAAAGCUCAGCAGGGGAAGCAUAAUUCUGGUGAAGCCAUUGUCAAAUCACCUGAAUCUCCUAGUACUAUAAAGCCUCUGGCACCGGUUGCAGCUGGCACUGGCUCUGCAGAUGUGCCACCUGUGACAACUAAAGAGGAGAAGAGUAGCAGUUCUAGUCCGUCUGCGAAUAAUAGCCAUUCCUGUUCUAGUGAGCAUGGAAAGGUGGGGGCUUCUUGCAAGGAAGAUGCUCCCGGCUCCACUUCUGGAUGCAUAAAUAAGAUCUCUAGUGGUAUAUCUCAUAGUAGGAAAUCAAUCAAUGUGGUCCAUGGAUCUGCUGUCCCGGGUGUUCAGAAGGAAGGGGGUCUUGGGAAAUCGGUGGAUCGGAACUUUGUUUCUGGUAAGGGAUCACCAAUUAGAGCUACACCUGAACGAGGAGCUGACACGUCUUUUGCAGAUAACAUAAACAACCAGAGACUUAUAGUGCGACUGCCAAGCACAGGACCAAGCCCUGCACGUACUGGCAGUGGGGGAUCUGUUGAAGAUGCUUCUGCUACAUUUGGCAAGAGUUCUCUUGUACAUUCAGAAAAGCAAGAUCAUCUUGAUAGGAGGACAAGGGGAAAAGGAGAUGCACCACCAGGCAACAAUUUGCUAGCAAUGAGCACGAAUUCUUCUCAGGGAAAAGAUGGAUUGGUUGGAUUUGAUGAUGUUAAGAAGGGGAUAAUUAUCCCUGGUGAUGAACAUGGUCGAGAUGGUGAAAUUGCUGAGAGACUGACAGAGGCUUCUAAAGCCACUGGCUCAGCAUCAGGUGGCACACUGAAAUCAACGAAAUCAUAUGAAGCUUCUUAUAGUUCUAUAAAUGCAUUGGUUGAAAGCUGUGCGAAAUUUUCUGAAGUUAAUGCAUCUGCGCCAGUUGGCGAUGAUGUCGGAAUGAAUCUGCUUGCCAGUGUGGCUGCUGGUGAGAUGUCUACAUCUGAUGCCUCACCAGCAGGUUCCCCUGAAAAUAAACGGGCUUUGCCUGAAGACACUUCACCCAGAAAUGAUGCCAAGUCUAGACAAUCAAUUGAAAAUGGUUGCCAAAGUGAAGAUAAACUGAAAGUGACCAAUGGUCAUGUCAUGAUGGAACAGGUUAGUUCUGUUGGAUGUUUGCCUGCACAAGGUGGAUCCCAGCAGCAGGUUCUGUCUGCUGUGAACCACAUCUGCACAGAUGGUAAAGUCGCUUCAUUUGUAGAUUCUUCGGUUGCUGGGUUGCCGCAGAAUGGCAAUUCUGUACUUGUGGCACCUGAGGCAAAGCCUGCUGCAUUGGUAGCAGAUACUUCUGCUUUAUUGCCUUCUAUAGAAUCUACCGGUACUGGCAAAGAGGGUGAUGAAGUCUUUCAGUCUCAUGAUGGAAGGAAGUUUUCUCCUAAUAAGUUGCGGAGUUACCAUUUUCCAAAUUUGAAACCUAACAACAGUAGUCCAUUGUCUGACGAAGACAAGAACGCUGGCUCAGCCUUGGAGAAGGCCACGGAAAACAAGAGAGUUUGUUCAGAUGCAACUAUAAAUGCAAAGGUUGAGACACUGCUUAAUGAUGAAUCAGCGUCUUGGUCCUCAGAAAAGCAUGAGGAUGAGAAGAAAUUGGUGCUCAAAGUAUCAAGUGGCAGCAACGUGUUAUUGCAAAAAGAACACAGCAAAGGCUCUGAAUUGCCAACCACUUCUUGUGGUUAUGUUGGUUUAGGUCCAAAAGCUGAAGAGGCCGAGGACAAGAAGAUGGGGAGUCAUGCUGAGCAGAGCGAGAAAGCAAAUGUGGAUCCUGAUUCUUCUGUUUUGCUGCAAACUAGUGAACUUGCACAGGAAAGUAUAGAUAAAAAUGAGGUCGUUGUUUCUGGUGGAUCGGCUCCAUCUGACAAAUCACCUGUAGUCGCCGUGCAACAAGUCAGAACAUGCUUAAAGCAAUCUGAUGUGCCUGAGGGGGAUAUCUCCGAGCAACCUGCUUCCAGAGGGGACUUCUCUACUAUCUCUACGCCUGUGUCAGAAACGGUGGUUAAGCUGGAUUUUGACUUGAAUGAAGUUCUUCCUAGCGAUGAUGGGAUUCAAGGAGAUGUUGAAAUGCCUUCAAAUCCAGGACGGUUCUCUGCUGUUCACACGCCUUGCUCAUUACCUUCUGCAGGUUCUGUCAUGACAGGCAAUCGGCCUGCUUCAAUUACUGUAGCUGCUGCUGCUAAGGGGCCGUUUAUAUCUUCUGAGAAUCUCUUAAGAGGCAAGACUGAGCUUGGUUGGAAGGGAUCUGCUGCCACUAGUGCAUUUCGUCCAGCAGAGCCUCGGAAGGUCAUAGAUGUUCCAGCUUCUGAUAAUAAGCAGGCCCGUGGCUUUUUGGACUUUGACCUGAAUGUUGGUGUUGUCGAGGAUGUCGGCAACAGUGGUCCUAGUGGUGGAGGACUUGAUCUUGAUCUGAAUGCAUGUGAAGAGAGUCCUGAUGUUGGUCAUCUGUCGGUUGGUAUUAGUAGACCUGCCAUCCCACAAUUACCUCCAAGGUCACUCCUGUCCGGUAGGUUCUCUAACUUGGAACCAAAUUCUUCAAGGGACUUUGAUCUGAACAAUGGACCUGGUGUGGAAGAAAUUGGUGGUGAAUCGAUACCACUUACUAGAAAUGGGAUUCAGUUUCUGUCUGCUGUUCCUAGUAUGAGAAUGAAUAAUAUGGAGAUGGGGAACUUCUCCUGGUUUCCACCAAGUAGUACAUAUCCAGCAAUUACAGUACCAGGUGUUCUUCCUGGUAGAGGGGAGCAGAGCUAUCCCAUGGUUCUUGGUGCAUCAUCAUCACAAAGAAUGUUGAGUCCUGCUGGUACCUCGUUUAAUCCCGAAAUAUUUAGGGGACCUGUGUUAUCAUCCUCUCCUGCAGUUGCAUUUUCAUCUAGUACGCCAUUCCAAUUUCCAGGUUUCCCAUUUGAAACCAAUUUCUCGGUACCUUCAAAUACAGCAGCAUAUGUGGGUCCGCCUGGUGGGGGUGGUCUUUGUUUCCCAACAAUUCCGUCAGGGGGUUAUAGGCCAUCGCCAUAUGUUAUGAGUGUAGGUGGAGGUAACAAUGAUAACAGAAAAUGGGGAAGCCAGCAGCAGCAGCAGGGUCAGGGGGGUCUAGAUCUAAAUUCUUCAGGUCCUGGAGGUGGUAUGACGGAAAGGGGAGAUGAUUCAGAACAGUUGAAGAUGUUUCAUCAGCAACUGGCGGGGGGUCUAAAGAGGAAGGAGCCGGUUGAUGGGUGGGAUGGAGAUCAUAGGAAUAGUAGCUACAAACAUCAUCCAUCAUGGCAGUAGUUGCGUUGCAGCAGCAGCAGCAGCUACCGAUGUGCUGUGGCUUUAUUCAGAGAGUUGGGUGUUGAUGGGCUGACUAAAUGUUGGUGAUUUUCAACUUGGAGAGAAAGAGAGAGAGAAGAGAUAUGUUGAUUGGAAGAAGAGUUUGGUGUGUAGAUAUUUAACUCCUCCUAAAAGCCGGUCGAAAUUAGAGAAUGUUUUGAGAGAGACAGAGAGAGAAACAGAAGGACAGAGGCCAGGUUAAUUAGUUUGGUUGUUUUAUACCUGUACCCUUCUUUAUUAACAUGGUGCCAAAAGUUUUGGUAUAAUGAUAUUCCCAUUGACCAAAA